UCCGAUCGAUGCAGUUCGACCCGACACAAGCAAUUCGACCCGAUCCGAUCUCUUGAUCCGAUGCCGAUUGCUCUUGCCCUGUGCCUCAAAGGUGCCCACAGUCCACCAGCACCUCAGGGACCUCCAGCAGCGGGCGCCCUGCAUGCCCAUGGAGCAGGUCGAGGCGGAACUGCGCGGCCUCCGGCAGCGCUUCGUCCGCCGCGGCCGGAGGCACCCGAGGCAGCUCGCGGCGCCGGAGGGCGAGGAACCCAGACGUGCGAUGCGCCAGCCUUGUUCUCUGUGGCGCCUCUGCCAGCAGCCCGAGGAGCCGGCCGCGGGCGCGCCGCCGGCCGGGGCGCUCGAGCGCGGCCCGGAGCCCGUGGCGCCGGAGCCCGAGGCCGAGCAGCUCCCCGAG